GCAACAAUGACCUCAUCAGUCCUGGGGAUGAUCAAGGAGGAGGUGACCUGUCCUAUCUGUCUAGAGCUUCUGAAAGAACCUGUGAGUGCCGAUUGUGACCACAGCUUCUGCCGAGCCUGCAUCACACUGAACUAUGAGUCCAACAAAGGCAAAGAAGGGGAAGGCAUCUGCCCUGUGUGCCGAGUGAGUUACCUGUUUGGGAAUCUGAGGCCUAAUAGGCAUGUGGCCAACAUAGUGGAGAGGCUCAAGGGGUUCAAGUCCAGCCCAGAAGAGGAACAGAAGGUGAAUGUUUGUGUACAGCAUGGAGAGAAACUCCAGCUCUUCUGUGAGAAGGACAUGGUGGCCAUCUGCUGGCUUUGUGAGAGAUCUCAGGAUCACCGUGGUCACCAAACUGCACUUGUUGAAGAGGUGGCCAGUAAGUACAAGGGGAUGCUCCAGGCUGCCUUGGAGCUGCAGAUGGCUAAUGAGGAAAGAUGUGACCAGUGGAAAGAUGAACUUCACAAGAAGAGAACUUUCUGGAAGAACCAAAUACAGAGUGGUGUAGAAAAUGUCCACAAGGAGUUUAGAGAAAUGCGAGAAUUCCUGUAUUCGGAGGAGAAGAAUAAGCUGCAGAAGCUGAUGCAAAAAGAGGAAGACAUUGUCAAAAGACUGGAAGAAUCUGAAAAUGAGCUGGAGAAGCAGAGGGAGUCAGUGAGAGACCUCAUCUCAGAUCUUGAGCAUGGAUUGCAGUGCUCAACCAUAGAGAUGCUGCAGGGUGUGAAUUGUGUCCUAACGAGGAGUCAGAACUUAAGACUGAAACAGCCCGAAAUCGUCUUGAGACCUGAAAUUGUCUUGAGAAGACAGAGAAGGAUCUUCCGAGCUCCAGAUCUGAAAGACAUGCUGCAAGUGUUUCAAGAGCUCCGGGAAGCCCAGAACCACUGGGUUCACGUGAUCCUGCCUCAACUCAGCAAUAAAAACAUUGUCAUUAAUGUGGCCCAAAGACAAAUACAACAUGGAAGUGGUUGUAGAAGAAAUUUUCAAGUUUCUGAUUCCUAUAAUUUAGGUGUCCUAGGGUAUCCAGCUAUCUACUCAGGGAAACAUUACUGGGAAGUAGACGUGUCUAGAUGUGAUGCCUGGAUCCUGGGAAUAAAUGAUGGAAGAUGUGCUAAACCCCAGCUUCAUGCAGUGAAUGAAAAGGGCUUCAGAGUCAUAAAAAAUUCUAUUGUUAAACAGGAUGUAAAAUAUCAGCCCAAAUAUGGCUACUGGGUUAUAGGAAUUACAAGCAGGUCUGUAUAUAAUGUCUUUACAGUGGGCCCUGUCCCUCGAAAAGUCAGUGUCUCAUUUCCUCUUCUGACUGGCUCUCCCACUCGUGUUGGAGUUUUCCUAGACCGAGAAGCUUGCACUCUCUCAUUUUAUGAUAUUUUCAAACAUGGAGCUCUCAUCUAUAGAUUCUAUGACUGUUCUUUCCCUGAUGCAGUUUAUCCAUAUUUUAAUCCUAUGACAUGUUCAAAGCCAUUAACAGUCUGUGGGCCACCCUCUUAA